CGAGCGGCGGCCGCCACGGCGGCGGAGCGAGGUGCCGGGUGCUCCGUUCCGCCCGGCUGCCCCGCCUGGGAGCGGGGUGGGGGCAGGCGAAGGGGAGGGCUGCGGGUGGAAAGGGGCGAGCCCCUCUGGCCCCGGACUGGGAAGAGCGGCCGCGGCGCCGGGCGAGGCGGCAGGGCGAGGCAGUGCCAUGCUGCCUUUGUGCAAAGUUGGGCGGCGGGCGGCGCGCCCCGCGCAGGGGCCCCGCACACUCGCGACCGCGCGCAGCCGUGGCUGCUGCUGAGUGGCCGGGGCCCCACUCCCCGCUCCCCCCGGCCCUUGAAGGCGGAGAGAGCUCGCGUCUCGCUCGGCUUCAGGGUAAGUCCAGCAGUGAGCAGAGUGUUCAUUUCUUCACUUCCAGCAAGCCAGAGUUUUAUAAAUGGACGCUGACAUGGACUACGAAAGACCCAACGUUGAAACCAUCAAGUGUGUGGUUGUGGGUGACAAUGCCGUGGGGAAGACACGCUUGAUCUGUGCCAGAGCGUGCAACACCACACUCACGCAGUAUCAGCUGCUGGCCACCCACGUGCCAACUGUGUGGGCGAUUGACCAGUACCGCGUGUGCCAGGAGGUCUUAGAGCGUUCUCGGGAUGUUGUUGAUGAAGUGAGUGUUUCUCUCAGGCUUUGGGAUACUUUUGGCGAUCAUCACAAAGACAGACGCUUUGCAUAUGGCAGGUCCGAUGUUGUGGUCCUCUGUUUUUCGAUUGCUAAUCCCAAUUCCCUAAAUCAUGUGAAAACCAUGUGGUAUCCAGAAAUCAAGCACUUUUGCCCUCGCACACCUGUUGUCCUCGUUGGGUGCCAGCUCGAUCUCCGCUAUGCCGACCUGGAAGCUGUUAAUCGAGCCAGGCGCCCGUUAGCAAGGCCCAUAAAGAGAGGGGAUAUUUUGCCCCCAGAAAAAGGCCGAGAGGUAGCAAAGGAACUUGGCAUACCAUACUAUGAAACAAGCGUGUUUGACCAGUUCGGGAUCAAGGAUGUGUUUGACAAUGCAAUCCGAGCAGCGCUGAUUUCCCGCAGGCACCUGCAGUUCUGGAAAUCCCACUUAAAGAAAGUCCAGAAACCUUUACUUCAGGCACCCUUCCUACCUCCAAAAGCCCCUCCACCGGUCAUCAAAAUUCCAGAGUGUCCUUCCACGGGGACAAAUGAAGCUGCCUGUUUACUGGACAACCCUCUGUGUGCCGACGUUCUGUUCAUCCUUCAGGACCAGGAGCACAUCUUUGCACAUCGAAUUUACCUUGCUACCUCUUCUUCCAAAUUUUAUGAUCUGUUUUUAAUGGAAUGUGAAGAAUCCCCGAGUUCGAGUGAAGGAGCUUGUGAGAAAGAGAAGCAGAGCAGAGAUUUCCAGGGGCGGAUUUUGAGUGUUGACCCAGAGGAGGAAAGGGAGGAAGACCCCCCUAGGACACCUCAGACAGAGCAGUGGAAGUCUUCAAACAAGAGCCUGGUGGAGGCUCUGGGGCUGGAAGCUGAGGAUGCAGUUUCCGAGACGCAGACUUUGGCUGGCUGGAGUAAGGGCUUUGUUGGCAUGCACAGGGAAAUGCAAGUCAACCCCAUUUCAAAGCGGGUGGGCUCCGUGACUGUGGUCAGGAUGGACUCUUCAGUCCAGCCAGGCCCUUUUCGGACCCUGCUCCAGUUUCUUUAUACGGGACAACUGGAUGAAAAGGAAAAGGACUUGAUGGGCCUGGCUCAGAUCGCAGAGGUCCUAGAGAUGUUUGAUUUGAGGAUGAUGGUGGAAAACAUCAUGAACAAGGAAGCCUUCAUGAACCAGGAGAUUACAAAAGCCUUUCACGUCAGGAAAGCCAACCGGAUAAAAGAGUGUCUCAGCAAGGGGACGUUCUCAGAUGUGAUAUUUAAAUUGGACGAUGGAGCCAUCAGUGCCCACAAGCCGCUGCUGAUCUGUAGCUGUGAGUGGAUGGCGGCCAUGUUCGGGGGGUCGUUUGUGGAAAGUGCCAACAGUGAGGUGUAUCUCCCGCACAUAAACAAGAUAUCAAUGCAAGCAGUAUUGGAUUAUCUCUAUACCAAGCAGUUGUCUCCUAACUUGGACCUAGACCCGCUGGAAUUAAUUGCCUUGGCAAACAGAUUUUGCCUGCCACACUUGGUUGCUCUUGCAGAACAGCAUGCUGUUCAGGAGCUGACCAAGGCCGCGUUGAGUGGCGUGGGCAUUGACGGAGAAGUGCUCUCUUACUUGGAACUGGCCCAGUUUCACAAUGCCCACCAGUUGGCCGCCUGGUGUUUGCACCACAUCUGCACCAAUUACAACAGUGUUUGCUCCAAGUUCCGCAAGGAAAUCAAAUCAAAAUCUGUAGGUGAGACUGUGCGCGGACCCCAUUCAUCCAGCUCUCCUCACCUCCGACUGAAGCUUUUAUCUUCUACGUCCCUGGAAAGGAACACAGUCAGCAGGCAGCUCGUGGAUAAUUCCUUGAGACUGGCUGGUGGUCACACAGUCAUACAACCAGGAAUACUUCGAGCGGCACCGCUGGCCCCCCGUGUGGUACCUGAAGGAAGAAGAUCACUACCAGCGUGUGAAAAGGGAACGAGAGAAGGAAGAUAUUGCACUAAACAAGCAUCACUCAAGACGAAAGUGGUGCUUCUGGAAUUCAUCUCCAGCAGUGGCCUGAAAAGGAAGAGAGAGAGAGAAAAAAAUCAGUAACCCGAUCCACCACUUUUCAAAGCACUACUGUAAAAUUAGUCUUAUUAGAGAUACGACACAGUUCAGGUUUCAGGCACUGACCUUCCUCCACUUUUGUGCAUUUAUCUUUGUUAGGAUCAAAGCACAAGCUCACCAUCCAUGAGCCUGGACAAAAAGGGAAGCUGACUCUCACUGCAUUCCUUAAACUGAUACGUAUUUUGUUGUUGUUGUUGUUAGGAGGCUUAACAAACUUUAGUGUGUUAUUUUGUUUCUUUUUAUACAAAGAAAAAAAAUCCAGCUAUCAUGUUUCUGAUUCCAAAUUGGAAAAUAUUUUUAUAUGGUCUCUUGUAUUUUGUUGAAAUGAAAAUACUGUGUAUUACUUUAUUUUACAGGCCACAAUUGACUAUGAAGUCACCCUGUGAUUCUCUUUGCCCACGUGACCACCGAGCAUUAUUACAUAAUUAGAAGGUUAUCCUUUUGUUGUGAAGGGAAGGCGGGGAAUGAAAUCCCCCAACGUGCAAAUUGGAGAGUGUUUCAUCUUUGUUCUGCCGAAUAACAUCAGUGUCAUUACCAAGUCAACUCCAAGAAUGUGUAUUUACAAUAUUUGCCAUGUUAAGUGCUGGUAAUUAUAUGGUUAUAUGUGCCAUGUAAAAUAUAGUGAUAUCAAAUAUUCUGUUGUUUCCAACGUCUAGUUUCAAGAGGAUAAUCUUUAUAAUCAUUAGAAGGGCUUAUUAAAUCCCAGCAUUAUCCAGGGCAAACUCACUGGUGGACCUGAAUACAUAAGAUACCAUUAGAGCGCUGGUGUUCAGAUUGCUGGAUUAGGGUUUACGUCUCUCAGUAUUCCUUGAACUUGCCAUGCUUCUGCAUGCAGAUUCUUCACUGACUUGAAUCGGGAUGGGCAAGGGAAAAGGUCCCUGGACUCCCUCCUGCCGACUACAGGCUUGUCACAUCUCACCACCAGAAACAGGCUUCCUCAGGCUUCUCACCUGUGGCCAACUUCACUUUGUAAGACCCAUAUUUUUAAGUCUUCCCAGGGAAAAUUCAUGUUGCUGCAGAAGUAGGCUGAGGCAGACCACCCACUUCCACUGAAAUGCAUUGGGAGCCUGUGAAAGCACAAAGCUGGAGGCCAGGCGCCUGCGUUCUCCUACACGGAACGGAAUCUAAUUCCAAGAGUCUCGGAAAUGGUGCUAUUGUGAGUUAGUUCUGACCCUUUCUCAUUCGGAGUUUUCAGUGUUAAACUAGAAAGUGUGAGAGCAGGGAGCUUUCGGUAGGCAGUCAGUCAUUGUGUGUCUGUAAAUUGAAAUGUUACAGUACACACAGAGAGCAUUUUAAGGCCACAGCUCCACACCUGCCAUGGGAUGUUAUGUGGCAGGGGGUGAGGCUCAUUCUGUUGGGAGAUCAACUUACCAAUGCUAAGGGCUGUUGGUUUUGUUUUUAUUUUUUCUUCUAGCUUUUCAGAAGAUGGAAACAAGACAGUUGAGUCCAAAACCCAAUGUUGACAGCCAUAUGCAUUUGAAAAUCUAUCUAGAUUACAGAUGGGCAUUUAUUACUGGCAGUGGAAACACACCGGAUAGAAGAUCUUGGAGAGGCCCAGAAAUGCAUCACCCUGUCAUGACAAAAGAGGAGGCAGUAGAGUAGGGAUAGUUAUAAAUGCAUCCACCUUAAUUUUUUUCAGUAGGUUUGUAAAUCUUAUUAAUGGAAGGAGAAAGGAGACAGAAGGAGGGGAUAAAUGUCAAGAUGCAGAAAAGCUGACAUGUAUCCCAUUAUAAAAUGGUAGAAGUUGAGUUUUCAAUGAGUAGUCAUAGUUCAGUUUUUACAACCAAAGCUCCCAUUUGAUUGUAAUCUUGCCAAAAUGUAAUGGACAUAUAAAUGAACUUGGGGUAUAAGCAAUAAUAUCCACUAGUGUUGUUAUCAGCUACUGUAACCAAGUGGCUGGUUCAUUUGGUUGAUGCUGAUCAUGGCCUUUACAUGGUGGUUUGUUGUGUGUUUUUUAUUUCACAAAAAAGCCAAUAAAAUUGUUUAGCUAAAA